AUGGCUUCGUUUACUGCUAAGGAAGUGGCUGCUCACAGCACUCGUGAUGAUUGUUGGACAAUCAUUAACGGAAAAGUCUAUGAUGUUACGAAAUAUAUUGAGGAUCAUCCUGGUGGUGCGGAUGUUCUAAUCGAAGUCGCUGGAAAGGAUUCGACGGUGGAGUUUGACAAUGCAGGUCAUUCUGAAGAUGCGUUUGAGAUUAUGGAGGAGUAUCUCAUUGGGACAUACAGUGGUGCACCUGUACGAGGCGCGCCUAAAGCUGUGACGCUCAAAAAGGCAACGCCAAAGGCUGUUGCUGGGAACAGCUUUACUUCAACGGCACUCACAGCUACAGCUGCUAUUUCUGUUGGCGCUGUUGCACUUCAAGCAUACCGAUUGAACACCGAGAUGCUAAACUCACUACCCAAGCUGAAGACCAGCAGCUCAGGACCUGGAUUUCUAGAAGGAUUCUUGAUUGCUUCAGCGCUCUUCACCGUCGCUGGUACAAUCACCGCCAAGAAACUCUCCAAGCAUCUUCACUUUGAAGAGGGAGGCUUCAUGAGUUACGCUCCUCACAAGAAAAUGCCAAAGGUUACAAAAGUCAACCCACUAAUCCAACGAGGCUGGCUCGACCCAACAACAUACCACGCCCUCCCUCUAGCCGAGAAGGAAUUAAUCGCCCCCAACGUCUACCGUCUUGUCUUCAGCCUCCCAACACCCACAACAGUCCUCGGUCUCCCAACAGGCCAGCAUCUCGCCAUCAAGGCAGAGAUCGACGGCAAGAUCGUCAACCGCUCAUACACCCCCAUCUCCAACAACAACGAUCUCGGCAGACUCGAGCUCGUCAUUAAGUGCUACCCCGACGGUCUCUUGACAGGAAAAUACCUCGCCAACCUCUCCCUCGGCGAUGAGGUUUCCUUCCGCGGUCCCAAGGGCGCAAUGCGCUAUAAGAACGGUCUCUGCAAACGAAUAGGCAUGCUCGCCGGCGGAACGGGAAUAACGCCCAUGUUUCAGAUAAUCCGUGCUAUUUGCGAAGACGAUCGCGACUUGACACAGGUUAGCCUCAUUUACGCGAACCGCUCAGAACAAGAUAUUCUUCUGCGCGACGAACUCGAAACUUUUGCGCGUCGGUACCCACAGAAUUUCCGGCUGUACUACGUUGUAGAAAAGGCGCCGGAAAAUUGGGCUUACGGCACGGGAUACGCUACACAGGAGCUUAUGGAGGAAAAGUUCCCCGCGCCAGGCGCAGAGUCCAAGAUCAUGCUGUGUGGACCGCCGGGGAUGGUAAAGGCGGCAAAGACGUCGCUUGGCAACCUUGGCUUUGAGCAGCCCGGGGCUUCUGCCAAGAUGAGUGAUCACAUCUUUUGCUUCUAG